GUCUGUGGUGAUCGGCAUGGUGUACGGCACGGCGGCCAUGCUGCCGGCGCCGGUGUCCGAGAGCAGGAAGAUCGUGUACGCCAUCGUCGCCUGCAUCGCCAUGUUCAAGCUGCUCAUGGGCUGUCUGCUGAUCUAUGGCGUGUUUGGGAAAAAGCCCUGGUUGAUAUUACCCUGGCUGGUGGCCAGUUGGAUUUUCUGCUUCACCCUGAUCGCGUUGUCCGUGUUCGGCGCAGUGCUCAUAGCGUUACGGUACGCAGUGGGGGAGGAGAAGGCCGGGGAAGUCAGCACCAUGUCUGGAGUCUACUUUGUUUAUGGCGUACUUCUUUUGUACUUCGCUUCAGUGAUACACAGCAGAAGGAAUGAGAUGCUUCGAGAUUCCACAGAAUCGAUCAAGAGGUUGAUGAGAAGAGACAUCUACUGGUCACCAUAAUGAAGCUAUUCUUUGACUAUCUACAGAGAUAUGUAUGAUAUACGAAGGUGAAACUUAUAAAAUAGGUACUUGAUUCAUAUUUACACACUCACUUAAAGUAAAUAUAUAAUUUAAUGUAUAAGUAUAUUUUUAUUGAUAUUAAUAUAUUAAUUUAGUAAACUAUAUUGAUUAAGAGUCCGAAAUAUAUAUAUAUAUAUAUAUAUAUAUAUAUAAGUUAAGGAUUUCUUAUACAACUUAAUUUAAAAAUUUUGUAUAUAUUUUUUUUCAAACGUCAAAAACGCUGUCGUCUACUUUGUGAGGUCACGAAUCACGAUGUUAUGAUGUCAUUAUAGAAAUAAAUAUCAAACUAAGACAUGUCCAUUUUUUUUGCUUGUUGUUGUACGCUUUAGUGUUUACGGGUUUACGUGACGUCACAGAUAAAAUAUGGCCGAUAGCGUUUUGGCUCGUAUUGGCUAAUAAAUUAAAUUGUUUACGUAUUCAUAUCUCAAAAAAAUAUAAUAGGCAGGUAUUUUUUUCCAAUCUAGUAGAACGAUAAUGAAGAAUAAUAUAAGACCCUUUUUAAAAGUGUCAACCAGCCUAAUCUCAACGUCCUGGUUUGGUGAAUACUAAUUCUAAAUUGUUUGUAAUGAAAACUUAGUUAUAUUAUAAAAAAUAUUAGAGAUUCGGAGCCGUCCUUGUAGCGGCUUGGAAUUCAUCAUCAUCAUCAUAUCAGCCGAUGGACGUCCACUGCAGGACAUAGGCCUUUUGUAGGGACUUCCAAACAUCACGAUACUGAGCCGCCUGCAUCCAGCGAAUCCCUGCGACUCGCUUGAUGUCGUCAGUCCACCUGGUGGGGGGUCGGCCAACACUGCGCUUACUAGUGCGGGGUCGCCAUUCCAGCACUUUGGGACCCCAACGUCCAUCGGCUCUUCGAACUAUGUGCCCCGCCCAUUGCCACUUCAGCUUCGCAACUCGUUGAGCUAUGUCUGUGACUUUGGUUCUUCUGCUUGGAAUUAAGACUGAUUAAUUAAAUGUAAAUAGAAUUAAGUUAUUUAUGAGUAAUAAUUCGAGUAUAUUAUUUGAUAAUAAUGAAUAAUUGUGUAUUGGCAGUAAUACAGGUCUCCAUCUAGUACAGG